CUUUGUACUAUCCAAGUCUCUAUAAAAGCCCAUUAACUUGGUGCCUCAAGUACUACCAUCUAUCUAUACAUCCAUGGCCUCCCUCCCCAACACCAGUGCCACAAACAUGGCUCCGGUCAUGAGCAACGGCACCGGAGAGCCAGACAGUUUCGACAAGUUCUUCGAGUCGUGGCUCGUCGAACAGAACCGAAACCUCCAAGAACUAGUCUCCGCUUCCACCAACAACCACAACCAAAGUAGUACUACUACAACUGAGUCACCUCAAGGGGACCAACACCGAGACCGAGCCUUGCCCGCCCUUAUCAACCGAGUGGUACUGCACUACGAGCAGUACUACGAAGCAAAAGCCAGCUGGGCCAACCACAACGUGUUGCCUAUGUUGUCCCCGCCAUGGCUCAGCAGUCUCGAGGACACCUACCUAUGGAUCGGCGGGUGGCGACCUAGCAUGGCCUUUCACUUGCUCUACUCCAAGAGCGGUUUACAGUUCGAGGCCAGACUCGCCGAGUUCUUCCUGGGCUUCCCCUCCGGUGACUUGGGCUAUCUUUGUCCCACUCAGCUAUAUCAAGUUAAUGAGCUGCAGAUAAAGACGUUAAGGGAGGAGCGGGAGACCACCGAGAAAAUGGCUAAGCAGCAGGAGACCGUAGCCAACACAUCGAUGGUCAAUUUGUCUCACGUGGCGUCGGAUUUGAUGAGGAGUGACCAGGAGAGUACUCAGGAGCGAGUUGAGGAAACGAAGGACCGAGUUAGAGUGGAGGUAGCCCACAAGAAGGAAGGACUGGGGGAGGUGCUGCACAGGGCGGAUGAUCUACGGCUGAGGACGCUCAAAGGGGUGAUUGAUAUUUUGACUCCAAUCCAGGCCGUCCAUUUCUUGAUUGCUGCUGCUGAGUUACACUUGAGGCUUCAUGACUGGGGAAAGAUGACGGAGGCAGAGUGAUCUCACUAGUAUCUUUCAACAGAUUCCAUACGAGUUCUUAAUAGUUUUAAUUUAUUUUAAGUUUAUUUCAAGUUUGGUUGUUUUAUUUUAAGUUUAGUUGUUUUAAUUUAAGUUGUUUUAAGGUCUUGUAAUAUGUUAUCGUAUGUCACCAACUUUUUUAUCCCUGUAAUAGAAUAUGUUAAAAACAACUUUACAUUUGUUCGUGAAUAAACA